AUGAAUUAUCUCUGUCAGUGGACUGCAGAAACACGAACUAUUCUCGGUGUUAUUUUUACACUCGGCCCGAAUGUCAAGAUCGCCAUUAGAGAGACAAGUGUAAACCCUGAACCACGUCGUGAGAACGGUUGUUCGAGCGCGAGGUGCAACCCAGGAAGAAACAUCGUCGGAUAUUCUACAGAAGCGAUGGAUGGGGAAGUUCCAAACCCUUGUGAUGGCUACAACAACGCCGCCUCUUCACCAUCGGCUGCAUAUUCGAGCGAUGAGAAACGAAGUCAGACUUCGGCAGCUCCUACCGCGCAUCCGGUUUGUGACAGGGUUCAUACAUAUCGUGCUGAAAUCCGCGACCAGUUUAUCCGCUGCACCCCCGACGUUGUGCGAGGGCCGCAGAGCGCCUAUUAA